GCUCCUGACUUGGAAGGUUGUCCAGCAAGUCAGGAUUGGGCUUCAGGGCAGAGGGACCAUGCAGAGAAACAAGAAGGCAGAGCUGUGCACGGGGCUGCUCCCCAGGACCUGAGCUGUGACCCAGAGCUUUCAGGGCUCUCCUGCAGCUGUGCUCACCCCCUUCCACCCACACGCCCAGGGGGAGGCGAUGUCCCCGAGGGAACAGAGGUCUUCGGUCCCAUCUUAAGCCCUGCUGGCUCCCGCGUGACACAGCAGUCCCCUCGCUGCUGCCGGGAGUCGCAGGCUGGGUGCUGGGGCCGGGCCGGCGCCAGGCACAGACACUUCGGCCCUUGUUGGGAGAACAGAGAGAGACUCUCUUGUCCGCUGCCCAUCCUCCGGCUCCAACUGCUGCUUCUCCCGGCGGCCUCUCCUCAGGCUGUGCAGAACCCACCUGAUCACUGUUACAGGAUGGACUCUAGCCCAGCUGGGACCCCCAGUCCGCAGCCCCCAAGGGCCAAUGGGAAUAUCAACCUGGGGCCUUCUGCCAACCCAAAUGCCCGGCCCACCGACUUCGAUUUCCUCAAAAUCAUUGGCAAAGGAAACUACGGGAAGGUCCUACUGGCCAAGCGCAAGUCUGACGGGACGUUCUAUGCAGUGAAGGUGCUGCAGAAAAAAUCCAUCUUAAAGAAGAAAGAGCAAAGCCACAUCAUGGCGGAGCGCAGCGUGCUCCUGAAGAACGUGCGGCACCCCUUCCUCGUGGGCCUGCGCUACUCCUUCCAGACGCCCGAGAAGCUCUACUUUGUGCUCGACUAUGUCAACGGGGGAGAGCUCUUCUUCCACCUGCAGCGGGAGCACCGGUUCCUGGAGCCCCGGGCUCGGUUCUACGCCGCUGAGGUGGCCAGCGCCAUUGGCUACCUGCAUUCUCUCAACAUCAUUUACAGGGACCUGAAACCAGAGAACAUUCUCUUGGACUGCCAGGGACACGUGGUGCUGACAGAUUUUGGCCUCUGCAAGGAAGGUGUAGAGCCCGAGGAGACCACGUCCACGUUUUGUGGCACCCCUGAGUACUUGGCUCCAGAAGUGCUUCGGAAAGAGCCUUAUGAUCGGGCAGUGGACUGGUGGUGCUUGGGGGCGGUUCUCUACGAGAUGCUGCAUGGCCUGCCGCCCUUCUACAGCCAAGACCUGUCCCAGAUGUACGAGAACAUUCUGCACCAGCCGCUGCAGAUCCCUGGGGGCCGGACGGUGGCCGCCUGUGACCUCCUGCAAGCCCUUCUCCACAAGGACCAGAGGCAGCGGCUGGGCUCUAAGACAGACUUUCUUGAGAUAAAGAGCCAUGUAUUCUUCAGCCCCAUAAACUGGGAUGACUUGUACCACAAGAGGCUGACUCCACCCUUCAACCCAAAUGUGGCAGGACCUGCUGACUUGAAACACUUUGACCCAGAGUUCACCCAAGAAGCUGUGUCAAAGUCCAUUGGCUGCACUCCCGACACUGUGGCCAGCAGCUCUGGGGCCUCAAGUGCCUUCCUGGGAUUUUCCUAUGCGCCGGAGGAUGAUGCCAUCCUGGAUUGCUAGAAGUGAAGCAUCGUGAAACCACUGAAGCCAGCUGGUUUCUCCCCCUGCCCCAGAAAUUAUGGGGGAUGAAGCUGGAAGACCAUGGAAAACACACCAAUGACACUGACACUGACCUACGGGGGAUCACAGCUGGGUCAAGAAGAGCUACAGCUACCCUUUGACAUGUGCUGAGAAUUCUGAAAGAAACACUCUGAUUUCAUUUCCGUGUUAAUGGCAUCUGCUAAUAGACAAUGGUGGAACACGAUGAGGGGGAGGCCAAAAUCCCAACUUCCCAAAGCAAAAAGCAAGAGUGUGUAAUUGUCAGAAAUGUGAUAGUGCUCUCAAAAGCACACAACCCACUAUGGGUUGUGAAACACAUAAUAGUUCUAUCUGUUCCAAGACUGUAAAAUCACAAAAUUUUCACCAGGCUAGAAAAUAAAAAUGAAAAAAUACAAUAUUGAA